AUGGAACGCCACGACCACACCGCUGGUGCGGUCCCAACCAACUCCAACAAUAAUCCCCCAACGCGUCAUCGACCUAUUAAAUGCACUUAUCGUGCCUGUGGAAAGUACGGGCACUUCACUAGCCAGUGUUGGGUCGCACACCCACAUCUCCGACCUGGUGAAGUUGCAAAUCGCGGCCGACGAGGGAAACGUGCAGACAAAGGCGGGCGGGAGGUUCCCGCUUGGUGUGGUGAGCUCACGCAGGGGAAUUUCAAAUGGAGUGAAGAUCCGAACCUAAAGUUCAUCCUCCCCUCGGGGAAUGACUGGCACUCAAAAGCGGACGACCCUUGGGAUGCUCCCUGGAGAAUCGACCCCUUUCCUUUCCUGAGGCUGCCACAGGAGCUCCAAGACAAAGUAUACGAAUACGUAUACGAAAAGAAGCAUGGAGUGAGAGUAGACAUUAGCGGACCCCUCCAAGCCUCGAUUGUGCAGUUGGAGGAAUUGGAAAACCGCCCUCCGGAAUUACUAGUAUACGGCCAUGACUACCCUUGUCUGGCACAAGUCAGCAGGAAAAUUCGCGAGGACUCACGCCACGCACGGAAACAUGCACUCAACGGGCGGAUGACAAUAUUUUGGGACAGACAUUACAAGGACUUUGCAUUCCGCAAGAUUCUUGCACCCAUGUGGACGCGCCUCCGGAACCAGAUCACAGAGAUUUCAUUCCACGGCUUCAAUGGCCGAUCUGUGCACUCUUCUGACGAGCUUCACAAACUCUGGAUGCUGAUCCCCGUACACUUCCCUCACGUGAGCGUGAUAAACUUCCGAUACCAGGCGUACCGGUACAUUGAUGACGGGGGUUUUGGUGUGCUUGGCUGGACGACAUACCACACAACGAGGCGUGCAGAGGAAUUCGCCGCAGGUCAAAUGGAUGGGGACUUCUCCUAUCCCGGCACCAUGCUAAGCCUGGACAACUUAUUUCAGUAUAUGGACGGAGCUUCACAUCCCUGCUCCAUCUUCUUGAAAACCUCGAUCGAGUGGUUAAAUGAAAACCGCAGCCGGGCGGAUUACCACUCCAUUAAAUUCCUUGUUACGCUCCCUGGCCUAGAAGUCGUUGAGAGAAUUUGA